GCAGCGCCGCCGACAGUUAUUAUUAUUUUUUGACGGAGCAGCACAUUUCCUGGUUCAGUGGCUUGGGCUUUGCGAGCAGCUGACUAGUCGCCCCGGGUCUGGCUCAGGAUCAGCUGGUGACGCUGAGGCUGGGGUCUGUGACUUCUUCCUUCAGACUGUCGUGAAGAAGGGGAGUUAAGAGGAAACGGGGGGUUCUCGGGAAGGCGACCCGAGCACUCAGGCUGGUCCAGAGGAAGAGUAGAAGUCAGACUUUUUUUUUCCCUGCUUGGUGAAUUCCCCAGCAGGGUCUGGGUCCAGCAGUGCUGUUUUCCCCGAGGGAAUGCAGAGUAGCUCGGCUAGAGUCUGCUGCCAGCUAUAGGAAGGGUUCAGACUGAAAAGGGGGUUUGAGACGAUGCUUUGCCUGCCUGAGGUCCUGCUUACGUUCUUAGAAGUCAGACCCAGGGAGAAAGUGAACUGUGACAAUUGACAAGCUCCAAGGGUCUGGCAGAAGCUUCCUCGGAGACUGGGCAUUUCAUCCUCCCUGGAGGAAGAUCUGCCUGCACUGCAAGUGUCCCCAGGAGGAGCACAUGGUGACAGUGAUGCCACUGGAGAUGGAGAAGACCAUCAGCAAACUCAUGUUUGACUUUCAGAGGAACUCGACCUCAGAUGAUGACUCAGGCUGCGCCUUGGAAGAGUAUGCCUGGGUCCCGCCGGGUCUGAAGCCUGAACAGGUUCACCAGUACUAUAGCUGCCUCCCAGAAGAGAAAGUCCCUUAUGUCAACAGUCCUGGAGAGAAACUGCGAAUCAAGCAGCUACUACACCAGCUGCCGCCACAUGACAAUGAGGUUCGAUACUGCAACUCCCUGGAUGAAGAAGAGAAGAGGGAGCUGAAGCUUUUCAGCAGCCAGAGGAAACGCGAAAACUUGGGCCGUGGGAAUGUCAGGCCUUUCCCAGUCACCAUGACAGGAGCUAUUUGUGAACAGUGCGGAGGCCAGAUCAAUGGUGGAGACAUCGCUGUGUUUGCGUCACGGGCUGGCCACGGCGUUUGCUGGCACCCGCCGUGCUUCGUGUGCACUGUCUGCAAUGAGCUCCUGGUGGAUCUGAUCUACUUUUACCAAGAUGGGAAGAUAUACUGUGGCAGGCACCACGCUGAGUGCCUGAAGCCGCGCUGUGCAGCCUGCGAUGAGAUCAUCUUUGCAGACGAAUGCACAGAAGCUGAGGGGCGGCACUGGCACAUGAAACACUUUUGCUGCUUCGAGUGUGAGACAGUGCUGGGUGGCCAGCGCUACAUCAUGAAGGAGGGAAGGCCCUACUGUUGCCACUGCUUCGAGUCGUUGUAUGCAGAAUAUUGUGACACCUGUGCCCAACAUAUAGGUAUCGACCAAGGUCAAAUGACCUAUGAUGGCCAACACUGGCAUGCCACCGAGACCUGUUUCUGCUGUGCUCACUGCAAGAAAUCCCUCCUGGGGCGGCCAUUCCUCCCAAAGCAGGGCCAGAUUUUCUGCUCACGGGCCUGUAGUGCAGGGGAAGACCCCAAUGGUUCUGAUUCCUCUGAUUCCGCCUUCCAGAAUGCCAGGGCCAAGGAGUCCCGGCGCAGUGCCAAAAUCGGCAAGAACAAAGGCAAGACAGAGGAGUCCAUGCUGAACCAGCACAGCCAGCUGCAAGUGAGUUCCAACCGGCUGUCAGCCGACGUGGACCCCCUGUCACUGCAGAUGGACAUGCUCAGCCUGACCAGCCAGACGCCCAGCCUCAACCGGGACCCCAUCUGGAGGAGCCGGGAAGAGCCCUACCAUUAUGGGAACAAGAUGGAGCAGAACCAGUCCCAGACCCCUCUGCAGCUCCUCAGCCAGUGCAACAUCAGAACUUCCUACAGUCCAGGAGGGCAGGGGGCUGGGGCCCAGCCUGAAAUGUGGGGCAAGCACUUCAGCAACCCUAAAAGGAGCGCAUCACUGGCCAUGACAGGGCAUGCUGGCAGCUUCAUCAAGGAAUGCCGAGAAGACUAUUACCCGGGGAGGCUGAGAUCUCAGGAGAGCUACAGCGAUAUGUCUAGUCAGAGUUUCAAUGAGACCCGAAGCAGCAUCCAAGUCCCCAAAUAUGAGGAGGAGGAGGAGGAGGAAGGAGGCAUGUCCAGUCAGCAGUGUCGGACCCGUCAUCCAAUCAGUUCCCUGAAAUACACAGAGGACAUGACGCCCACAGAGCAGACGCCUCGGGGCUCCAUGGAAUCCCUGGCCCUGUCUAAUGCAACAGGUCUCUCUGCCGAUGGUGGUGCCAAGCGCCAGGAGCACCUCUCCCGAUUUUCCAUGCCUGACCUCAGCAAAGACUCUGGAAUGAAUGUGUCUGAGAAGCUGAGCAACAUGGGCACUCUUAACUCGUCCAUGCAGUUUCGGAGCGCAGAGUCGGUUCGCAGCCUACUCUCUGCCCAGCAGUACCAGGAGAUGGAGGGAAACCUCCACCAGCUCAGCAACCCCAUCGGCUACAGAGACCUGCAGUCCCACGGAAGGAUGCAUCAGAGCUUUGAUUUCGACGGAGGGAUGCCGGGCAGCAAGCUGCCAGGGCAGGAGGGCGUGAGGAUCCAGCCCAUGAGCGAACGCACCCGGAGAAGAGCUACUUCGCGCGACGACAACCGCCGUUUCCGACCUCACAGGUCCAGGCGUUCCCGACGCUCUCGCUCGGACAACGCCCUCCACCUGGCCAGCGAACGCGAGGCCAUCUCUCGGUUAAAAGAUAGGCCCCCUCUGAGAGCCAGGGAGGACUAUGACCAAUUCAUGCGCCAGCGGAGCUUCCAGGAGAGCAUGGGGCAUGGGUCCCGGAGGGACCUGUACGGCCAGUGCCCGCGGACUGUGUCGGACCUGGCUUUGCAGAAUGCCUUUGGGGACCGAUGGGGACCCUACUUUGCCGAGUAUGAUUGGUGUUCCACCUGCUCCUCCUCUUCAGAGUCUGACAACGAGGGCUAUUUCCUAGGAGAACCCAUCCCCCAGCCAGCGCGCCUGCGAUACGUGACGAGCGAUGAGCUGCUGCACAAAUACAGCUCCUACGGCCUCCCCAAAUCUUCCACGUUAGGUGGCAGAGGACAGUUGCACAGCAGGAAAAGACAGAAGAGCAAAAACUGUAUCAUUUCUUAAUACGAUUGGGAUCAGGGAAUGGGAGAAGUUGGGAGCUAAGAAUGUAAAUUCAGAAACUUGCACUGUUUUAAAUGUUAAAGCGCUUUUGGGGGUGGCUUAUGGGGGAGAAAAGGGAAAAUGCUGUCAGUGGAUGGAGGCAAGGUUACAGAUUGACUCAAUAGGUAGUCACGUUCUUGGCAUGUUGAAUAUUAUUUGCACAUUUCACUUUGGAAACACAGUAGACUCUAUCGAGGCCAGGGUUGGUCACUUCCUUCCCAUCAGUUCUGUGUUGAGUUGCCGUCUCACAAGAUGGCAAAUUGUCUCCCGCUCGCUUUUAUCCUCUCUAGUUCUCUUACUUUUAGGACCCUUUUUUCAGUAAGUAAUUUGUUUAUUAGCCAGGACCCAAGACUAAGUUAUUUACAUGUCCAUUGUAAAUGCAAUGUAAAUGAGAGUUCUGAUAAAAUAUUUUUGUAUUUUGUAAUAUCAAAGGAAUUUCUAUAUCGUAGGACUCAGUGGGGACUUGCAUGCACAUUCACCGUUGUCUUUGAGUAGUAUUAAAAGGUGGCCCGGUACCGCCUUUUUUUUUUUUUUUUUUUUUUUCUAUACAAAUUUGUUACAUGUCAGUGAGAUCUUUUUCAAAGGAAUAUAUUCAAUUUGGCUUUUUGUGGCUAAAAAAUAAUAAUCAUAAUUAGACCCAAAGCUUUUUAUGCUCCAUUCCAUCUUAAGGAGCUAUCCUUAAGUCUGUUCCCACGCUCAGUAGAAUUUACUUUCUACAAAGUGGUAGUAAUUUUUUUUUUAAUUGCAAAUGUAAUUUUUGCCAAUUAGAGAAACCAACCAGUGUCAGUAAAGUUCUGUGAGAAAUGCCAUCCCUGCUGGGAAUGUUAAAGUUACUUAAUGUUGAUCUAUCCCUUGGGGAAAGUAAAAGUGACUGUGAGUGGUGCUGUUGUGUGAUGUCAGCAUGACGUUGUUUUGAGUGUGGCAUUAUGUUCUGGUGCUCAUGUUUCCUGGAUUGUAUUAUCUGCUUUCCUUUACCAAGGCAGACAGAACUGCUGCCUUAGCCUGACAACCGGUGUCCUCAAAGCAAAUGAACUUACGCAUUUGGGAUUGAGGGACGGAAGGAUUCUGAGGGGGCUCUGGGAGGAACGGUGUGUAGCAUGUCAUGCCUGGAGAAGGAGAAAGGCAGUUUGAAAACAGAAAGCAGGUCAAGGGUAGAAGUUAAAGGAGAAUCUGAAGACAGGUGAGGGAAAAGAAGAACUGGAAGUGAAACAGAGGACAGGUGACAACCACCUUGAAGAGCUCCCAGUGCAUGUAGAAAGAAUCCAGUGUAACCAGCUCAGUAACCAGAGUAUCUGGGUUACCCAGGAAGGUUGAGCUACUGAGAUUUCAGUGGUGCAAUGGCUUUAAAAAUCAGACUUUGUUGGGAGGGGACUUCCAUUUUGAACUUUGAGGACUGUUGGUCAGACAGAAAAUGGGCUCAAAAGUGAGUUUGCUUAAUGAAGACAUUUAACGGUUGUGCUGUUUAUAGUAAAAUAAAACUCCCUACCUUGCUUCAGUUAAAAAUGAAGCACUUGGUUUCUUUCUUCCAUCCUCCUCCUCCCCUUAAUGGAUUGUGGCAGUUGAAAUAAUCCAUCGGAGGACCCACCUGUAGUGAGAUGUACUGUCGAUGUAGUGCCCGGUGUAUCUCAGUGGCCAUCUGCCAUGGUGAGGUGAGCGUGAUCUCUUUUCAGUAUAGUAGUUAACAUUUUCUAGUAUUUCUUAUGGAGAGUACGUCAAAAGCGGCAUUUCAGACACCAUCCUAGAUGGGUCUGAGGAAAGGAAGGUUGUAAAGGACAUGGCAAUGGCACUCCAUUAGGGAUGUAUUAAAAUAAUUUGCUUUUCAGGUAUUAAUAUGACAUUUGUCAUUGUCACUGAUUUUUUUUUAAAAAAGCAAUGCACAUGUUGGUUGUGGCUGUUUUCCGCAUGCUAUCUUCAUAUCUAAAUGCUUCAUUAAUUAUCCGAGCCUCCGGAGAAUUAACUCUAUUACGUUUGUAUAGUAAGUUUGUAAACUGCUUGGCAAACUGAUUAAGAAAUAAUUUGCAACACCGUGCUACUAAAGUGGCAGGUUUCUGGUAGAAAUCGGGCGAGUCCAAUUUGGAGUUUUAAGUUCCUUGAUUGAUGAAACUAAAAAAGGCAGUUUGGGAAAAAGAAAAGAGAAGGGGAAAAGUAGAUCAACUUAACUUAGCAAACGGCUGAAAACAUGUCUGUCCUCUGUGGCCCCAAAGCCAGUGAAAGAAAUUCUCCCAGUAGAAGUUGCUUCCUAACUGUUUUUCUCAGAAUACCUCUUACAUUUCUCAAAGAAGGCUUCAACCACCAUCAGCAGAAAGAAGGUGGCCUAGAAACUGCCACAUGACCAGUGCCCAAAGGGGUCUGGAGGCAUUAGUCUAGAUGCCCAGAAAGCAUCCAGGGACUGAACUCAGAACUUGGGAUGUAAUGAGAUUCAAGCUUCAGGGUCAAACCGUCUACUAGCAAGAUGACCUCCCUCUAUUCUACCACUGCAGAUUUCUUCUUACCCAAAUGCAGCCAGGCAUCUUACAGAGAAUGCUGAAUGAGGAAGGCCAGUUUCUUCCAAUGAUGGCAGAACCUCCAAGUGAAUGCCCUGUUGAGGGCAGGACAUCAUUGUAUUGGAGUUCCACCUGCUAGUGAUAGCUCACACGUCACAUCCCAGAAUCCCAUUCCCAGUGCGUUCUUUCCUGAGGCAACAACUUAGGGUCCUCCCCUAAUUCCUCCAUCACAACCUUUAACUCUUAUCGGCCAGGUUCCUCCUGUGAAUGGGGCCUGUACUCACUUCCUCUUAGACCAUAAUUCCAUCUUCGAUUCCGUAAUUGAAGAUGGAAUUAUGGUCUAAGAGGAAGAUUACUCUUCAGACUGGUUUCCAGAAGAGUAAUCUUUUCCCAGUGUUCUCUCUUCUCCCUGGUUCUUCUUUUUCCCACCCCUAAUAUUGAUCUUCCUGUCUUUUGGUUACAACUGCAACUUCAGAGUUCAGUUCAUUUCCUAUUGCUGCUCAGUUCAGUAGCAACAUAGCUGGCUUGUUCCCAGGCCCAGGAAGUGUAAGUCAUUGACAGUUUCCUGAGUGGCUGUGCCAAUCCAUACCACCCUUGGUACUGUGAAAAGGCUUCUUGGCAGCCAGGUGGCAUUGAGCAUGGUAUUCAGGGACCUUUCCUUCCGUCAUACAGUUGUAGGAUCUCUACCAAGUGUGAAGGUGAAUGUGCUAAGGGAGAGCAGAACCAUGUUUCCUGGUUUUUCAUACGUCCGAGGAAGAAGUCCUGCUGUUGGUUGUUUGACACCUUCUUUCCACUUUCCCCUUUUAUUUUUCAGUCCUUGCUUUCUAAUCCCAACCAGCUGAGCGAAUGAGCAAUUUUAUGUUCCUAAUACAGGAUCUGGAAGCAGUGCUUCAUAAUCCUUGUUUCCUGUAGGAUGCUCCUGCACUAUAACAACAUUUUUUCUUCCUUCUGCUGCAGCUUUUUGCUUCUUGGGUACCACUAGCUACUGUUGAGUUCAGGUGGGGCCCGUGAUGACAUAUAUGUGGCACUUGCUCUGCGCUCCCCACAAGCUGAGCAGAUAUAACCAAUGCAUCACUGUAUACUCUCGCUGAGAAUGUGGAUGCAGCCUGAGAAAUCUUUGCAACACUCCAACCAGCCAGGACCAGAGAUGAUCAGAACUAAGCUUAUUGGUCUGAUGACAAAUCUUAUUUGUAAACUGAUUUAUAUCUGUCUUUCAACCCUUGGUUCUCUUGCCUUGGAACAAAAACAUUUUAGGAAGCAUAAUUGGGAACAUUUAGGAAGCAAUAUUUAUAAAUAAUUCAGAGACUCCAAUUCACCUGCCCCACCACGACCACCACCACCCACCCACCCCAGGUUGUGGAGGCUGGAGGAAGCUGACUUCUUAGGCUAAAAGACAACAAAUCUCAUUCACCUCCUAUGCCAUUUUCAUGUUCUCUACCAAUUACUAUAGACAGUCUUCAUUUUGCAGAGGUCAGGUAAGACUUCAUCUUAUUCUUCAUCUAAUCCCACCCUCUAACAAAUAUAUAUAUAUAUAUAUAUAUAUAUAUAUAUAUUUAAAUUCCAAGGAGAAGUGCUCUUUGUGUAUUUCUAACAGAAAACAGAUGCUUAAGCCUAAGAAGGAAGAUCCACCCAUGACAAAGGGAAGUGGAAAACUGAACCAGUUAUCUGAAUACUUCAUGCCAGGACAGUUGCUAUUAGCAACUGUUUUGCACCUUCAGGGCUUUAAAAUGGGCUCUUCAGACAGCAUUGCUUAUGCAGGACUCAGUAGCCCAGCCUCCACUGCCAGUUUUUGAAGGCAGUUUCAGAUCACCACCUUUUGAGGUACAUUUCUUUAAGCACAAGAGAAGUGGAAACGGCCUUUGCCUUGUCUCCAGUGGUUUGUCCCUCUGGGGCCUCAGCAGAUACCAGAGCUAAUUUGUAGGACCAUUUGGAAGUAGUCUUCAAGGUUAAGAUGAAGAAAAAAUUGGAUUCUUUUUCCAUUGUCUCAUAGUAGUAGCCUAGUCAACACAAGACUCCCAUGAAACAUGACUCACUGUUGGGAGCCAUAUUAUUUUAUAAGCUCUCUUUCUGCUGACAAAACUAGCUUUCCUCAAGGGAAUAUAAAGGAGGGGAAAGUCACGUAGUGUUAGGAAAACAUUUCUGUGCUUUGAAUAUGAUGAAUCAAUAGGAUAGAGAAAAAUCGUCUUGUUCUAUUCUGAGAGUUCUCUGAGAUAUCCCUUCACUCUGCUCGGCAUUUGGACAUUGAUGUUCAACAGGUCUCUGACCAAGCUUUUCUGAAAUUUUCAGAGAGAGUUACUUACCAAUAAGGUCUGUUCUCAAACCUACCUAAUAGAUUUUCGUACCUUUCCAUAAAGUGUUACGAUUCUAUUAUGGACCCUGACUUGACAUUCUAAGGACAAUGAGUCCUUCAUUUUUUUUUAAUUAAUUUUUUUUUUUUCAGCAAAUCAGGACUUCGGCAGGCUUUCCUCUCCUAAACUCAUUCUUUCCUCCACAGGAUUGCUUUGCCCAUCUCCAGCUUUCAUUUCAAGUGCAUAAACAAAACCUCAAAGGGCCUGGGAAGGCGAGGCAGGCCAGAGUCUGUGUUCCGUGUUGAGUGUCCAGCUAUUUGUGAAGAAGGUCUGCUACAGGCCUUUGGUGUGGGCUCUGCCAGAGACUGUUCUGAACACUUUGCUUGAGAUCCGUGCCCUGUAAAAUGGAUAUGAUGUUUUACUGAUGUCUGUAAUACAUUUGUAAACUUCCAAUAAAAUUUGAAUAAAAGAAAUGUUGCCAUU